AAUGGAACAUGCUACGAUUCAUGCCAUCCCUUCCUAAAUGUUCAUAAGGUCCACAUUGAACUGUUCAACAGAUAUCAAAGCACCCGUACGUGACGAAAAAUAAGGCGUGUAGUCCCGUGAUAUUGGAGACGAAAGCCUUCCUACGCGACGUGCAAAUGUUGAAGAAGGUAGAAGACAAGGAAUUCGUGACACCAAGCAUUGCCCAACCACGAAUCCCACAGGACAUUCUGUUUGCUAUUGGUGGGCUUCGUAACGAUAGGCCGACAGAUGUGAUUGAAACUUACGACAUUCGAGUAGACCGAUGGAGUGUGAUGGAGCAGGUCGAUUCGAUCGGUCCGCGAACUUGUCAUCGCACGGCGGUAAUAGGUUUCAACAUUUACGUCAUCGGUGGUUACGAAGGCAAGAAAGCCUUAAGCUCAUGUCACUGCUUCAACGCUGUUACGAAGACGUGGCGCGAGGUGGCGCCUAUGCAUGAACGCAGAUGCUACUUCUUUGUGGCAGUUCUGGGAGAGAUGGUCUACGCCAUGGGUGGUCGUGGUUAUGGUCAGCAACACGAAACGGCGGAGCGAUAUGACUACAAGACGAACCAGUGGUCGUGGAUCGCUCCUAUGAACUCGCAGCGGUGGAACGCAAGUUCGGCUGUGCUAAAUGACAAAAUAUACGUCGCUGGUGGAUGUGCAACGUGGUGGGCUAUUUUGAACUCAGUGGAAGUGUAUGACCCAGUCACCAACCAAUGGAAGCUUGUUACGAAAUUGCGUUCUGCACGUCAGGGUCAUUGUUGUGUCGCCUUACACGGCAGUCUGUACGUCCUAGGUAAGAAUUCUGGAUAUCCUGAGUGA